GUUUACAGAUCAAGUCAGUCUCUCAUACAAAAAGCUAUACCCACCCUGCCGUGCACUCCCAGCUGCUCUCCCCUCAAUGAGACAGCACAUUCUUUCUCUCUACCCUGUAUUCCCCGUGUCCAUUCAACCAGCUCCUGUUCCCCUCUUCCUUCUCAUCUAGCCACCAGAUAGGAGUUGCCUGCAUAGCCUCACGUAUGUACUUGAGCCACGAAGUUCACUCCUCACCAGCCUCAUUGUCUAUCUUAUCGUCCAGGCCAAUCCCUGUCUGUAGAGUUGGUUUCGGGAAUCGUUCCAAUCUUGGGCUAUCAAAGUGUCCAGGGACGACCAUAUGUCUUUUUCCGUGCUCUCUCCACACCUAGCGGUAUGCAGGGCACAUAGUAGGCUCCCAUAAAUGUUUGUCAGAUAAAGGAAGUAUAACCUUCUAACCGCACCCCUGAUAACCACUUUGCACAAGGUACUGUCCUUUACCAGGCUUGCUCGGCUAGCAUGAGGUUGUUGUUGUUGUUAGAUGCCUAUGAGUUGAUUUCCUCUCAUGCUGAUCCCAUGUGACAGUAGAACUGCCGCAUAGGGUUUCAUAGGCUGUAAUCUUUACAGAAGCAGAUUGCCAUGUCUUUCUUCCUCAGAGCUGCUGGGUGAGUUCGAACUUUUGUUUAGCAGCUGAGUGUUUAACCACUGCGCCACCAGGGCUUCUUGAGGAUGAGCUAGCUUUAUAAAAAUUAAAAUGAACAAAAUUUCUGGUACUCCUUGGAAGAAGGCACUAUACCAUGCAACAACAAGAUGGUGCCAGUUUCUGAAUUACUCUGGGAAGAUGCAAAUUCUUGAUAAUGGUUUGUCUGGGGAGGGACUUCAGGAUGUUCUAGCCUGCCCCCCACCAAGACCAGGUGGCCCUUUUCUUGCCUCCCCCCUUCAUCCUCUUCCUCUUCUCCGCUCUUUCUCAGUGCACAUUGAAGAAGGGCGUACAGACAGUGCCCAUUUGGAAAAGUAGAGCUCAAUAGGUAUGAAUCAGCUUGGGCACGCGAAAAGUGAUUCACGUCUGACCAACUUGGUUUAUGCAAUUCAGGUUGUCUGUUCUGAAUUUUUUUCCCCUUUCUAAUUAAAUGAUGAUUAGUCUGGAUGGUGAGAGGGGGGAGAUUGAAUUUAAUCUUUCUGUUUUUGUGGAGAACUGGGACAGGAUGAAUAAGGGGAGAUGUAUUCCCAUCUGGCAAAGAACUAAUGAUAAGGUGGAAUGGCUGUGAUGUUGGGAAUUUUGGCACCUUUGGGGUCUUCUGUGCUGUGCAGCCUGGUGAUGUGUGGUCCAGAACUCUUUAUCAUAUUCUCAUCUGAAGACUGUCUCCAGGGAGUACAUGAAGCUUAAUUGACAGAGCUCUUGAAUCACUGGGCACUGUGCCUGGGUACAGUUAGGGCUGGGGAGAACGGUGAUGAUAAAUGCAUCUACCCUCAUCUCUCUGCCAUCACUCAGAUUCAAGCCCAAUCCUAGCUGACUUCUUUUGCUGCAAAUUCUCCUGGAUAUGUUUCUGCCCUGGGGUGGUUUGCCAAAUCCUUUAUAUUUCCUGUGUCCUGUGACACCUUAGCCCUUAAGCCCCUGGGAAGAUGAGCCUGAGAACCCUGGUUGUGCUCCCCCAAUGACAUACCAUACCCCUGCCUUUUCAUAUGGUCACUGACAGUCACUCACUAAGUGCCUGCCAUGUACCAGCCACUGUACUAGGUUACAGUGAGAGGAGCUGCAAUUGACUGAAUACCUAUCAUGUGCCAGGCACCAUAUCUCGCUUGGUCUUCUCAGCAACCCUCUGAAACAAUUGGUUCUUGUGGUUGUUAGGAGCCAUCAAGUCGGUUUGGACUCACAGCGACCCUGUGUACAACAGAACGAAACACUGCCUGGUCCUGCGCCAUCCCCACAAUCGUUGUUAUGUUUGAGCCCAUUGUUGCAGCCACUGUGUCAGUCCAUCUCAUUGAGAGUCUUCUUCGCUGACCCUCUACUGCACCAAGCAUGAUGUCCUUCUCCAGGGACUGAUCCCUCCUGACAACAUGUCCAAAGUAUGCGAGACAUAGUCUCGCCAUCCUUGCUUCUAAGGAGCAUUCUGGUUGUACUUCUUCCGAGACAGAUAUGUUCAUUCUUCUGGCAGUCCGUGGUAUAUUCUAUAUUCUUCUCCAACACCACAAUUCAAAGGCAUCAAUUCUUCAGUCUUCCUUAUUCAUCGUCCAGCUUUCACAUGCACAGGAGGCAAUUGAAAACACCGUGGCUUGGGUCUGGCGCACCUUAAUCUUAAGGCGUUGACUUUAAGAUGAAGACCAUAGAGGUAGAUGGCAUCAAAGUACGGAUACAGAUUUGGGAUACAGCGGGGCAGGAGAGGUAUCAGACCAUCACAAAGCAGUACUAUCGACGGGCACAGGGAAUAUUUUUAGUCUACGACAUUAGCAGCGAGCGCUCUUACCAGCACAUCAUGAAGUGGGUCAGUGAUGUGGAUGAGUAUGCACCAGAAGGCGUACAGAAGAUCCUCAUAGGGAAUAAGGCUGAUGAAGAGCAGAAACGGCAAGUGGGAAGAGAGCAAGGGCAGCAGGUAAGUGGGAGUGAGCCGGCUGAAUCCAUCCUUGGGUCUCUGGCUGCACUUUCAGGGCCAGGCAUAAGAACUGGGGUCCAGGCGUCUGUUCACCAUCAUCAGCUCCUCCCACGCCUCCCACAGUACCCCAAGGCUCUGGGCAACUCGCCAUCCUUAGAGAGUUUGCCUCCUGUCCUUCUGGUCAGUGGUUUUGGGUCCAUCCUGAAACAAAGACUUCUUGGACAGCAAUUCUCUCCAGUCCAAGUCCCAAAAAACAAAAUUAUCCUCUUUAAGAGAUGGUCUCCAUGUUAGUGAUGAAGAACUCCAAGUUACUGACUUUUCUAACAGCAUCAAGACAUAGCUACCAUUUUACAGUCAGGAAAUAUCACUCCCACCCCCCACCCUCCUCCAUACACUCCUGCUCCUUUCUCCUUACCCUUGAAAGAGGUAAGAAGGAAAAUGAGGGAAGGUGAAGGACCAUGGUUGGAGAGGCCAUGGGGGCAGAAGGGGUAGGAGGAGGGCACUGAGGGAAUUCCCAAACAUACUGGGAGACCGUCCUCACAGAGAUCAGAAAGAUUGGUGUUUCUGAGAUAAGAGUCAUCCACCCAUUCCGGGGGCCUCAAGACCUUUUCUUGCCUUCUUCAUUUAAUAGCAUUCCACUAACACUUAAAAUAAAUUUUUUUUUUUGGCUAUUAAAAUAUAACACAUGGUCAUUCUAGAACAAUUUGAAAGUAGAGACAAAACCUUCUAUAAUAGUAUUUAUUGAGCACUGUAUGUCUGAUGGAAACUCUGGUGGCACAAACGUCAGCAGUUCGAAUCCACCAGGCGCUCCGUGGAAACUUUCUAGGGCAGCUCUACUCUCUCCUGUAGGGUCACUAAGAGAAUUGACUCGAUGGCAAUGGGUACGGGUAUGUCUGGUGUGCUGUGCUAGGCAAGUGCUUUUAGAUGCAUGACCCUAUUUAAUCAUUCCACAACCUUGGGCAAAAGGCACAACUAUCAUCCCAUUUAACAAAUGAUGAAACUUGGGCUUAGAGAGAAUAACUUGUCCAAAGUCGUACAGCUGCUAAGCGGCACCACCAGUAUUCAAGUCUGGGUCUGUUUGACUCCAAAGCUCGUGUUCUUCAUUAAGAUGUAAAACAUUUUGGUGUCAUUGUGUCCUGGUGUAUGAUGUAUAUAAUGGCUAUGUGGAUGGGUUAUGGGUUAUGGGUGUUGAGGGGGAGAGUAUUUGUAGAGCACCUUUCCCAUUCUGUGCUAGCCCAUGCCUUAGAAAGAGCUCCCAGUCUGGUCUGAGAACUUACCUACUCUGGGAAACUGUCAGGACACAGCCUGGUCUGUAAUAUGAUGGCAGAAGGAUGUGCCAGGUGCUGUGAGAGCCUCCCUUCUCUGACUGACUCCCAUUUAGAAAUGUUCUUCUCUUGCAGCUGGCUAAGGAGUAUGGCAUGGACUUCUAUGAAACAAGUGCCUGCACAAACCUCAACAUUAAAGAGGUGAGAUCGUUGGAGACCAGCUGCCCUGUUCUCUGGCUGAG